UGAGGGUCUUUGUCCAAGCAUCCACGUGUCUCAUGCUGAAGUUUGUACGUACGCACAAUUGCAAAGUCUUCUUUUUCCUUUACUUUCCAUUUUUAUUAGUUCUCUUCCUUCUUCCUCUUCCCCAGCCCAUCCCUACCAAAACCCUAACUUCCUUUUUCUUCUCACCAGGCUCUCCACUUCUCACUGAAAGUUCACACUUACACUCUCCUCGCUCGAUUCUUUAGGAUUUUGGUUCCCACUGUGAAUAUGGAGAGACCGGGUGACAAAGAUUUCCAUCUCUUCGCUCACUACUCCUCCUCCUCCUCCUCCUCCACCUCCACUGGAAAUGCACUAUUUGAUGCAUCACAAUAUGAAUUUUUUGGUCAAAAUAUUGGGGAGGAAGUGGAAUUGAGGGGACUGGAGGAUGAUCGAGAUGACGCUCCUGUGUUUGGAUCUGUUGACGAUGAGUAUCAUUUGUUUGAUAAAGGAGAUGGUUUUGGAGCAAUACCUGAUGUGGAUGAUAUGACGACUACUUUUGCAAAGUUGAACAGAGUUGUCGCAGGACCAAGAAAUCCAGGUGUCAUUGGUGACAGAUCUGGAUCAUUUUCAAGGGAGAGUUCAUCUGCUACUGACUGGGCACAAGAUGGAGAAUUUGGGAGCUGGUUUGAUCAGCAAAUUUUUGAUACUGAAAAUUCUGAAGAAGGAAAGAGAUGGUCAUCACAACCACAAUCUUCUUCUGCUCGUUUUCUGGAAUCAGAAUCAAAACCCUUGUACAGAACAUCCACUUAUCCCCAGGAGCAACCGCUGCAUCACUUCUCUAGUGAACCAAUUCUUGUGCCCAAUUCAAGUUUCACGUCAUUUCCUCCUCCUGGUAGUACAUCUCAGCACGCUUCACCAUGUCAUCUGAAUAUUCCUUCUGCUGGUGGCUCUCAGUCACCCUUCUCUGCACCAAAUCUUUCUCCUCUAUCCAACCCUAACAAUCGUCAGGCUGGCUUAUCUCAUGGGUUACAUGGUGGUGGAAGUUUGUCUCAGUUGACAUCUCCUGGUGUUUCUCUUAAAAACCGGCCACAAAAUCACUGGGUUAGUCGUGCAGGCUUAUUGCAUGGAGACCACUCUAGUCUCAUACACAACAUAUUGCAACAACAGUUAGCCUACCAAAAUAGCACAAUGUCUCCACAAUUAGUGUCAGCGCAGCAACAUCUACAACAGCAGAGAUUGCACCAUCAAGUUCAACCAUCUUUGGCCCGCUUUGCAGCUUUGCAAUCGCAACUAUACAGUUCACAUCCUUCACUCAAAUUGAUGCAUGGAUUGUCUGAUAUUAGGGAGCAAAAGCCAAAAGCUUCUCAAAGAGGCAGACAUAGUGUGCGCCAUUCCCAAGGCUCUGAGAAUAGUAGCCAGAAGACUGAUAACGGGUGGAUACAAUUCAGGUCCAAGUAUAUGACAGCUGACGAGAUAGAGAGUAUUCUUAAAAUGCAGCACGUGGCAACGCAUAGCAGUGAUCCAUACAUAGAUGAUUAUUACCACCAAGCUCGGCUUGCAAAAAAAUCUUCUGGAUUGAGGAUGAAAAAUCAUUUUUUCCCUUCACACCUGAAGGAGCUGCCAUCUCGAAACCGCAACAGUGUGGAGCAUCACCUUCACGCUGAUGCUCAUGGGAGAAUUCCCCUAUCUUCCAUACGUAGGCUGCGUCCGCUCCUUGAUGUUGAACCUACUUCUGGUCUUGGUGAUGAAACUGGUGAACAAAAAGCCUCUGAGAAGUCUCUGGAACAGGAGCCAAUGCUGGCAGCUAGAAUCACCAUUGAAGAUGGUCUUUGUCUUCUUCUUGAUAUUGAUGACAUUGACCGGUUCCUACAGUUUGGUCAGCCUCAGGAUGGUGGGGCUCAGCUUAGGCAGAAGCGGCAGAUACUGCUAGAAGGAUUGGCAGCCUCACUUCAGCUUGUUGAUCCAUUUGGGAAAAGUGGCCAGACAGUUGGGCUAGCCAUGAAGGAUGAUAUUGUGUUUCUAAGGUUGGUUUCUCUUGCUAAAGGUCGACAGCUUUUCAUCAAAUUUCUUCAGCUUUCAUUCCCUGGCAGUGAGCUCACCCGAAUCGUGUGUAUGGCUAUUUUCCGUCAUUUGAGGUUUUUAUUUGGUGGCCUUCCUUCUGAUCCCUCAGCAGCUCUGACAACUACUAAUCUUGCAAAGACAGUUUGUGCAUGUGUUAAUGGCAUGGAUCUUCGUGCACUUAGUGCAUGCCUUAUUGCAGUUGUUUGUUCCUCAGAGCAGCCACCGCUCCGCCCUCUUGGCAGCCCGGCGGGGGAUUGUGCCACUGUUAUUUUAAUAUCAGUUCUUGAAAGAGCAAGUGAACUGCAAUCCCAUGCUGCUGGUAGCAUACGUAACCUUGACCUAUGGCAUGCUUCAUUUGACAGUUUUUUUGACCUUCUUACCAAUUAUUGCAUGAGUAAGUAUGCAACUAUAAAGCAAUCCCAGUUGAGCACAGAAGUAAAAGAUUCAGAUGCUAUAAAGCGGGAAAUGCCCAGGGAGCUUCUCCGUGCUAGUCUGCCUCACACUAAUGAGGAACAGCUGAAUUCUUUAAGAAAUUUUGCCAACCAAUGCGAGCCCAAUGCAGGGUCUAUUGCCUGUGCUAGUCGUGGUGGUCAAAUAAUCUCUGAGUCAGUGCGAGGUUAAUGCAGAAUUUGAUGACAAUGUGCCGUGGAAAAUAUCUCUUGGAUGCAUGAGGAAGUGACUGUGCAUAGAAACAGAAUGUGAAGUGUAGACCCAGAAAGUAAGGGUUUGUGCAUCAGUAAAUGCUCAUCUUGAAAUUAUGAUGAUGCAUUAAACAUGUAUAAUUAUGAUGGAUUGGAUGGAGGGGGUUGGUGACUGGAAGUUUUAAUCUUCUGGGGAGCUAUAUUUUGGUGCUCUUUGUUGAAACUCCGUAGGAAGGAAUAAGGGAUAGACUUGAAUGAAAUGUACAGGUGGUGGUGGCGGUGGUGGUGGUUAAUUUCGAAAGCCAGUUCUGUGAUUAUGCUGCUUCCUGUCUAGUCUAGUGUCUGUAUGUGCAGGGGACAAACCAAAAGAAGUUGUCUGAUUUCUUUAAAACCACCCCAAAAUAACAUUGUCCGAAGAGACAUUGAAUGAUAAUUGUUUGUAAUAUAAGUUUUUAUAAUUCUUCAUUAGUUAUAAUCCA